AUGUCGUCCUGGCUGGGGGGCCUGGGCUCCGGCCUGGGCCAGUCGCUGGGGCAGGUCGGGGGCAGCCUGGCUUCCCUCACUGGCCAGAUUUCAAACUUUACGAAGGAUAUGCUGAUGGAGGGCGCGGAGGAAGUGGAAGCAGAAUUGCCUAAUUCUAGGAGAAAGGAAAUUGAAGCCAUUCAUGCAAUCUUAAGAUCAGAGAAUGAAAGACUAAAGAAACUUUGUUCUGAUCUAGAAGAAAAGCAUGAAGCCUCUGAGCUUCAAAUAAAGCACCAAUCUACCAGUUAUCGAAAUGAACUACAACAGAAAGAGGUGGAAAUCAGCCAUCUUAAAGCAAGACAGAUUGCACUACAGGACCAAUUGCUAAAGCUGCAGUCCGCUGCUCAGUCUGUAAAUUCAGGAGCUGGCAGUGUGCCCACAACCACUGCAUCAUCAUCAUUCAAUUAUGGCAUCAGCCAUCCUGCUGCCGCUUUCCACGAUGAUGACAUGGACUUUGGUGAUGUAAUUUCAUCUCAACAAGAAAUAAACAGAUUGUCAAAUGAAAUUUCAAGGCUUGAAUCUGAAGUUGCACAUUGGAGGCAUAUUGCUCAGAUUUCUAAAGCACAAGGAUCAAGCAGCUCUGAUCAAAGUGAGAUUUGCAAACUGCAAAAUAUAAUUAAGGAACUUAAACAGAACCGAAGUCAGGAAAUAGAUGAUCAUCAACAUGAAAUGUCAGUAUUACAGAAUGCACAUCAACAGAAAUUGGCAGAAAUAACUCGUCGGCAUCGAGAAGAAUUAAGUGAAUAUGAAGAACGAAUUGAAGAACUGGAAAAUCUGUUACAACAAGGUGGCUCAGGAAUUGCGGUAACUGAUUACCCUAAAAUCCAUGAGAUGCAAAGAACUGUUCAAGUUCUACAAACUGAAAAAGUAGAGUCUACAAAAAAAAUAGAAGAACUUGAGAAACAAAUAAAAGAUAUAAGUAAAAAAUUAUCAUCUUCAGAAAAUGACAGAGAAGUUUUGAGGAAGGAACAAGAACGACUAAAUGUAGAAAACAGGCAAAUAAGUGAAGAAUGUGAAAGCUUGAAACUGGAAUGUAGUAAAUUGCAGCCUUAUGCUAUGAGGCAAAGUGACGCUGUGAAGGAAGAGGAAAGCAUUCUUCCACCGAGCACAUCACUGGAGGAAGAGGUGUUCAGACUGCAGCAGGCCCUGUCUGAUGCUGAAAGUGAAAUAGCAAGACUGAGUCAUUUAAACCAGGAUAAUCUCACUGAAGACAAUCUGGAACUUAAAAUGCGUGUUCAAGUUUUAGAAAAAGAGAAUUCAUUAUUGGUUCAAGAAAAGGAAGAGCUUCACUUAUCACUUUUAAAAUUAAACAAUGAAUAUGAAGAAAUUAAAAGUACAACUGUGAGAGACAUGGAUUUGGAUUCAAAAGUACAUGACUUAAGACUUAAUUUGGAGGCAAAGGAACAAGAGCUCAAUCAGAGUAUUAUCGAAAAGGAAGUACUAAUAGCUGAGUUAGAAGAACUGGAUAAGCAGAACCAAGAAGCUACAAAGCACAUGAUUUUGAUAAAAGAUCAGCUAUCAAAACAGCAAAAUGAGGGAGAUAGCAUCAUCAAUAAACUAAAAAUAGAUCUAAAUGAUGAAAAAAAGAGAGUUCAUCAACUUGAAGAUGAUAAAAUGAACAUUACUAAAGAGUUAGACGUACAGAAAGAAAAGUUAAUUCAAAGUGAACUGGUCCUAAAUGACUUGAAUUUAACCAAGCAAGAGCUAGAGGAUAAAAUAGAAGAUUUAGUAGAUCAACUGAAUAAAUCACAAAACAAUAAUUUAAAUAUCCAGAAGGAGAACUUUGAGCUUAAGGAACAUAUUAAACAAAAGGAGGAGGAACUUUCUAGAGUCAGAUGUGAAUUAACUCAGCCUCUUAAUCAAGACUCUAACAGUAAUCUUAAGGAUGACUUACUUAAAGAAAGAGAAGCUGACAUCAGAAACUUAAAGCAAAAUCUUUCAGAAGUAGAACAGCUCAAUGAAAAUUUAAAGAAAGCUUCUUUUGAUCUCAAAAUGGAAAAUGAAAAGUUGGUUUUAGCAUGUAAAGACUUAAGACUUCAGUUGGAAGAAUCUAUUGCUGGUAACAAUCAGAUUUCUCUAGAAAAAAACACCAUUUUGGAGACUCUAAAAACGGAAAAAGGACAGUUAGAAGCAGAGUUAUGUCGGGCCGAAGAGAGGCUGUUGGAAGAAGCAAACAAGUACGAGCAGACCAUUGAAGAACUGUCAAAUGCACGGAACUUGAGUGCCUCUGCUUUACAGCUGGAACAUGAGCGCUUAAUUAAGCUCAGUCAAGAGAAAGACUUGGAAAUCGCAGAACUCAAGAAGAAUAUUGAGCAGAUAGAUAUUGAUCAUACAGAGACUAAGAACAUUUUGUCAUCUAGUUUAGAAGAGAGGAAGCAAUUAACACAACUUAUAAAUGAGAAAGAAGUUUUUAUUGAAAGACUUAAAGAGAGAAGUUCAGAGCUCCAGGAUGAGUUAGAUAAAUAUACUGAAGCCUUGCGAAAAAAUGAAAUUUUGAAGCAAUCCAUAGAGGAGAAAGACAGACAUCUUGGAUCCAUGAAAGAAGAAAACAAUCACCUAAAAGAAGAACUGGAACGACUCAGGGAACAGCAGAAUCGAGCUGCACCAGUGGCUGAGCCUAAAACCCUUGACUGUAUUACGGAACUUGAAUCUGAGAUAUAUCAAUUGAAUAUAAUAAAGGAUAAUCUUGAAGAGGAAAUAAAACAGCACCGAAAGAUAAUUGAAGAUCAAAACCAGAGUAAAAUGCAACUGCUUCAGUCUUUGCAAGAGCGUAAGAAGGAAAUGGAUGAGUUUAAAUACCAGCAUGAGCAAAUGAAUGUCACGCACACCCAACUCGUAUUAGAGAAAGAUGAGGAAAUUAAGACUUUACAAAAAACAAUUGAAGAAAUCAAAACCCAGUUGCAUGAACAAAGGCAGGGUAUUCAAACAGAGAAUUCUGAUAUUUUUCAAGAAACAAAAGUUCAGAGCCUUAACAUAGAAAAUGGAAGUGAAAAGCAUGAUUUAUCUAAAGCUGAAACUGACAGAUUAGUUAAAGGAAUAAAGGAACGAGAAUUAGAGAUUAAACUUCUAAAUGAAAAAAAUAUAUCUUUAACCAAACAGAUUGAUCAGCUGUCCAAGGAUGAGGUUGGGAAGCUAACUCAAAUUAUCCAACAGAAAGAUUUGGAGAUUCAGGCUCUCCACGCUAGAAUUUCUUCAGUUUCCUACAAUCAGGAUAUUGUUUACCUUCAACAGCAGCUUCAGGCCUUCGCUAUGGAAAGAGAACAAGUAUUAGCUGUUUUGAAUGAGAAGACUAGGGAAAAUAGCCAUCUUAAAACAGAAUAUCACAAAAUGAUGGAUAUAGUUGCUGCCAAAGAAGCAGCCCUCCUUAAGCUGCAAGAUGAAAAUAAGAAAAUGUCUACUAAAUUUGAAGGUGCUGGCCAAGAAAUGUUUCGAGAAACUGUUCAGAAUUUAUCUCGUAUCAUUCGAGAAAAAGACAUUGAAAUAGAUGCAUUAAGUCAGAAAUGUCAGACCUUAUUGACAGUUUUACAAACAUCCAGCCCCAGCGAUGCGGUGGGAGGUGUGAAUAGUAAUCAGUUUGAGGAGCUUCUACAGGAGCGUGAUAAAUUAAAACAACAAGUAAAGAAGAUGGAAGAGUGGAAGCAGCAGGUGAUGACCACAGUACAGAAUAUGCAACACGAAUCAGCCCAGCUUCAGGAAGAACUCCACCAGCUUCAGGCACAAGUGCUGGUUGACAGUGAUAAUAAUUCUAAGUUACAAGUGGACUAUACUGGCCUGAUCCAAAGCUAUGAGCAGAAUGAAACCAAACUCAAAAUUUUUGGGCACGAACUAGCGCAAGUUCAGCAUAGCAUAGGGCAGCUUUGCAACACCAAAGAUCUUCUUUUAGGAAAACUUGAUAUUAUCUCACCUCAGUUCUCUUCUGGAUCAUUGCUUGCCUCCCAGUCUUCAGAGUCUCUUACAGCAGCUAAGUGUGAAACAUUAAGUGAAGCUCCUCAGCAGGAGAUAGAAGAGCUAAGAAAGUUGCUGCAGGAGAAAGAUACAGCAAUUAGAACUCUCCAGGAAAAUAAUCACAGACUGUCUAAUUCAAUCGCUGCCACCUCAGAGCUAGAAAAAAAAGAACACGAACAAACAGAUUCCGAAAUUAAACAGCUGAAGGAGAAACAAGAUGUUUUGCAAAAGUCACUUAAAGAGAAAGACCUCUUGAUUAAAGCCAAAAGUGAUCAAUUACUUUCUAUAAAUGAAAAUUUCACAAACAAGGUGAAUGAAAAUGAACUUUUAAGGCAGGCAGUAACAAACCUGAAGGAGAGGACAUUAAGUUUAGAAAUGGACAUUUGUAAAUUAAAAGAGGAAAAUGAAAAAAUAGUAGAAAAAACUAGGGAAAAGGAAACAGAAUAUCAAGCAUUACAAGAGACUAAUAUGAAGUUUUCUAUGAUGUUGCAAGAAAAAGAGUUUGAGUGCCACUCAAUGAAGGAGAAAGCUCUUGCUUUUGAGCAUCUACUGAAAGAAAAAGAGGGCGAGACAGGGGAGUUAAAUCAGCUUUUAAAUACGGUUAAGUCAAUGCAGGAGAAGACGGUUACAUUUCAACAGGAGAGAGAUCAAGUCAUGUUUGCCCUGAAACAGAAACAGAUGGAAAACACUGCUCUGCAGAAUGAGGUUCAACAUUUACGUGACAAAGAAUUACGCUUAAACCAGGAACUAGAGAGAUUGCGUAACCAUCUUUUAGAAACGGAAGAUUCUUACACCCGUGAAGCUUUGGCUGCGGAAGAUAGAGAGGCUAAUCUAAGAAAGAAAGUCACAGCAUUGGAGGAAAAGCUAGUUUCAUCCUCUAGUGCAAUGGAAAAUGCAAGCCAUCAGGCCAAUUUGCAGGUAGAGUCAUUGCAGGAACAAUUGAAUGUAGUCUCCAAGCAAAGGGAUGAGACUGCCCUGCAGCUUUCCAUGUCUCGGGAACAAGUAAAGCAGUAUGCUCUGUCACUCUCCAACCUGCAGAUGGUACUAGAGCAUUUCCAGCAAGAGGAAAAAGCUAUGUAUUCUGCUGAACUAGAAAAGCACAAACAGCUUGGAGCUGAAUGGAAGAAAAAGGCAGAAAAUUUGGAAGGAAAACUGAUAUCAGUACAGGAACGUUUGGAUGAAGCAAAUGCUGCAUUGGAUUCAGCAUCAAGACUCACAGAGCAAUUAGAUUUAAAGGAAGAACAAAUUGAACAACUUAAAAAACAAAAUGAGCUCCGACAAGAAAUGCUGGAUGAUGUACAAAAAAAAUUGAUGAACUUAGUAAACAGCACAGAAGGAAAAGUAGACAAAAUCCUAAUGAGAAACCUCUUCAUUGGACAUUUCCACACACCAAAGAACCAGCGUCAUGAAGUGUUAAGAUUAAUGGGAAGCAUUCUGGGUAUCAAAAGGGAGGAUAUGGAGCAGUUGUUGAAUGAAGAUCAGGGCGGAGUUACCAGAUGGAUGACUGGGUGGCUUGGAGGAGGAUCAAAAAGUGUCCCCAACACACCUCUGAGACCAAAUCAGCAAUCUGUGUUCAAUAGUUCUUUUUCAGAACUUUUUGUUAAAUUUCUAGAAACAGAAUCUCAUCCGUCUAUUCCACCACCAAAGCUUUCUGUUCAUGAUAUGAAACCUUUAGACUCACCAAGAAGAAGAAAAAUAGAUAUAAAUGUACCGGAAAGCUUUAAAGAUACGACAGAAGCCAGGUCUGGGAGAAGAACAGAUGUGAGUCCGUUCUUGGCUCCCCGCUCUGCGGCUGUGCCUCUCAUGAACCCGGCUGGACUUGGACCUGGUGGGCCUGGGCACCUCCUUUUGAAACCCAUCUCAGAUGUGCUGCCCACGUUUACGCCUUUGCCAGUGUCGCCUGACAACAGUGCCGGGGUUGUGUUGAAGGACCUUUUGAAUCAAUAG